GCAGUAGGGUCGAGCUGAUCCGUCAAGGCAGUGUGAAGAUGUGACUCUCGUUGCUGUGCCUCCUCAGUUAUUGGCUCCCACACAGAGGUUCGGCUUCUCAAACGCCAUCGAUCAACCUCAUCUGCCGAGGCUGCAGGUAGCCCACACGCCAGCUUCAUGUCCGUUGCUCUUCCUCACAUACCGUCUACUUCCGCCCGUGGCGAGCCAUGGGCAUUCCACAAAGAUAGUCGCCAUGCCCAGCAGAAAACAGCCCGUGAUUAUUGGCGUUGCAGAUGUCAAGAAUGCCUCCAAAAAGGUCGAAGAUGCCAUCGAGCCCUUGGAGCUUAUCCUGCAAGCCAUCGAAAAGGCCAUCGAUGACACUGGACUCAUCAAGCCUGUAGCACCAGACCUACUGUCGAGCGUCGAUAGUCUGGAUGUCGUCCGCACCUGGACCUGGCCAUAUCCGGACCUGUCCGGUCUCAUAGCGAAGCGAUUGGCCAUCAAGCCUACCCGACGAUACUACACGGAACAGCACGGCGGAGAUCAGCCUGCGAAGCUUUUGGAUGGAGCUGCUCGCAGAGUGUCACUGGGCGAGACGAAAGUUGCCAUUGUCACCGGUGGUGAAGCGCUGGCAUCUUUAUCCGCCUGCGCGGCCGCGAAGAAGUUGCCACCUCCGGGAUGGACCAAAGUCACAGAAGAAGUCAACUCCGUCUUCUCUCCCACCACUCGCCAAUUGAAACCAAACAUCGGAGCCAAACACUCCUUUGGCAAUCCCAUCCAAGCAUAUCCCAUGCUUGAGAACAGUUUCCGCGCACAUCGAAAUCAGUCUUGGGCGGAGAAUCAUGCCGAGUCGGCGGAGAUGUACGCCGAGUUCGCUCAGGUGGCGCAGAGAAACCCCCACGCCUGGUCUCACAGCGGCCCCGCGCAUACCGCAGAGAGCAUUGGGACUGUGUCGCGGGAGAAUCGGAUGAUAUGCUGGCCCUAUCCGCUCCUGAUGAACGCUUUCAACACCGUCAACCUGGCGGCCGCUUGCAUCAUCACAUCUACAGACUAUGCGAGGGAACUUGGCGUCCCGUCAGAUCGUUGGAUCUACCCUCUUGGGGGUGCCGGCACCACCGACCAAGACAAUCUAUGGAACCGUGCCGAACUCUGGUGGAGUCCAGCGAUAUCACAAUCUCUUGACGCAUGUAUCGAGGCUUCAGCAGUCGAUCAGAGCGACAUCGACCUCUACGACUUUUACUCCUGCUUUCCAAUCGUUCCAAAACUAGCCGCCGCUCAUCUCGGUCUGUCCACGAGUAAGGGGUCCAAGCCCAUCACCCUGCUGGGCGGUCUGACGUCGUUUGGAGGGGCGGGGAAUAACUAUUCCAUGCACGCCAUCACGGAAAUGACACGACAGCUCCGUGCACGCAAGGGCAGGAUUGGUCUCAUCCUUGCGAACGGAGGCAACGCAACAUACCAAUUCGCCGUUUGCCUUUCGACGAGCCCCCGACAAGAUGGUCUCCCGUAUCCGACGACCGCGCCUCUGCCACCAAAGAUCACCAACGUCCAUGUCCCGAAAGUGGUAGAUCAAGCCGAGGGAGAUGCAGUUGUGGAGACGUAUACGGUGCAGUUCAACCGGGAUGGGACUCCCCAACGAGGUAUUGUCAUCGGGAGACUGAGGGAGAAUGGUAGCCGCUUUAUUGCGAACGACGCAGAUGAUGCCACCCUGACACAGCUGUGCAGCCGGGAGGUAGAGCCGAUUGGAAGGAGUGGGAAGGUGAAGGUCAGCGACGACGGCCGAAAUGUCUUCACGUUCCAUGGGGAUCAGGCGAAGCUGUGAGUCUUCAGGAUCCAUAUAAUCGUUCUGAUAGACAGCGUCGUGUUCGGAGCUUACCCGAGCAACGCUUACGAUGACGGAAUGUUUGGGCUUCCGAAUAUUCGAAGCAGAUGAUUGCUUACGCCAAACCGAGUUUCAUGAUGCACUACCAGGU